AUGGAUCCUUUCAAACAAAAACCUAAGUGUUUAUGGAUUCAUGGACCUAUCAUUGUAGGUGCUGGUCCUUCUGGUAUAGCAGUAGCUGCUUGCUUAUCAGAACAAGGUGUUCCGAGUCUUAUUCUUGAGAGAAGUGAUUGUAUAGCUUCACUUUGGCAAAAUAGAACCUAUGACCGUUUGAAACUUCAUCUACCUAAACAUUUUUGUGAGCUUCCUUUGAUGAGUUUUCCUCUAGAUUUUCCUAAGUAUCCUACCAAACAUCAGUUCAUUUCUUACAUGGAAUCCUAUGCUGAUCAGUUUGGUAUUCGUCCUAGGUUUAACCAAACUGUUAUCAGUGCUGAGUUUGAUCCAUGUUCUCAAAUUUGGAAUGUUAAAACACUAGAUGGUUUUGACUAUUCUUCACCUUGGCUUGUUGUUGCUACUGGUGAAAAUGCUGAGCCUGUUAUUCCUAAGAUUCAUGGUAUGGAACAUUUUCAUGGUCCUGUUCUUCAUACUAGUGACUAUAAAUCUGGUUCUCGAUACAAAAACAAGAAGGUUUUGGUCAUUGGUUGUGGUAAUUCUGGUAUGGAAGUUAGCUUGGAUCUUUGUAGACACAAUGCUCUACCUCACUUGGUUGCUAGAAACACAGUACACAUGCUUCCAAGAGAUAUCUUUGGGUUCUCAACAUUUGGUGUAGCUAUGAUAUUAAAUAAAUGGCUUCCACUAAAAUUAGUAGACAAGUUCCUCUUGUUAGUGUCAAGCUUCUUCUUAGGAAACACCAAUCACUAUGGUAUCAAAAGGCCUAAAACUGGCCCUAUAGAGCUCAAACUUGCCACAGGAAAAACUCCUGUCCUUGAUGUUGGUCAAAUUGCUCAAAUUAAAUCCGGUAAUAUUAAGGUGAUGGAAGGUGUGAAGGAGAUAACAAAGAGUGGUGCAAAAUUUAUGGAUGGACAAGAAAAGGAAUUUGAUGCAAUAAUCUUAGCAACAGGUUACAAGAGCAAUGUGCCAAGUUGGCUUAAGGGAAGUGAUUUUUUCACUCAAGAUGGAAUGCCUAAAACACCCUUUCCUAAUGGAUGGAAAGGAGAGCAAGGAUUGUAUACGGUAGGGUUCACAAAAAGAGGACUACAUGGAACAUAUUUUGAUGCUAUCAAGAUAUCUGAAGAUAUUACAAAUCAAUGGAAGACAAUUAAGAACAAGAGUUGUAGUAGUGGUGAUUCACAUAUCAUAAACCUUAUUACUACUAGUCUUAGUAAUGUUUAG